AUGCGCGCCGGAUGCUACAUCGAGAUACCGCGAAAGAUCAUGUUGAAAAGAGCGGUGAUCAACGUACGACCUACGGACGACGCGUGUUUUGCAUGGGCUGUGGUCGCCGCUCUAUAUCCGGUCGAAAAGCACGCGGAAAGAAGUUCACGGUAUCCUCAUUACUCGAUGGUGUUGAAUCUGGAGGGCGUCGAGUUUCCCAUGAGUUUGAACGGAAUUACUAGAUUUGAGCGUAUUAACGACAUAUCCAUUAACGUGUACACCGUUCGGAAUAAGAAGGACGGGAAAGGCGGCUGCCGUAUCGUUCCUCUGCGUCUCACCGGCGAUAAGAAGGAGAGACACGUUACUCUGCUGUGUAUAAGCAAUACGACGCGACAAGGUAACUCGGCCCACUUCGCGUGGAUCAAGAAUCUGUCCCGACUCGUCGGUUCGCAAAUGAAGCGAUGUAUGCAUUAUUUUCGAAUGGGCGAUAAGUUAUCGGCUCACAGCGCGGACUGCGGAAGAAUGAACGAGUGCGCUAUAGUCCUUCCCACCGAAGACGACAAAUGGUUAAAGUUUCGCAACUACGUUAGAAAGGAGCGACUUCCGUUCGUGGUGUACGCCGAUCUCGAAUGCGCGCUGGAGAAGAAGGGGGAGAGGAAAACAUCGAACACGUCCAUUGUUCAGCAUCAUAAAGUCUAUAGCGCGGGAUAUUACGCGCGAUGCGCGCUCGACGACGCUAGCUCGACGUACAGAACCUAUCGCGGUGAGAAUUGCGUAUCGUGGUUCGUCCGGGAAUGGUACGAUCUGGCGCUUCGCGCGAGGACUAUUCUCGACACAGAUGCGCCUAUGACGGAUCUUACGCCGGACGAGUGGGAGAGAUUCAUGAGCGCGACGCACUGUCGCGUGUGCGAUAGACCAUUCGAAUCGGAAGACGCUUGCGUGCGCGAUCACUGUCACCUGACCGGGCGAUACAGAGGUCCCGCGCAUUCGAAUUGCAAUCUAAAUUAUAAGGAGACGUACCGUCGAACUGUUACCGCUGACGAAAGAAACGUAUAUCUUUUUCACGAAGAAUGUCGAGGACGCGUCGGACAAUUGGCGUCGUAUCUCGAUAAGAGCGAGCUGAGAAUCGCGCGUUCGAAAUUUUCCGAUCUCGACGACGCCGAUUUCGAGCUUCUCGCGCGAAAGGGCGUAUUUCCGUACGAGUACGUCGACGACGUCGAUAAGUUGCGAGAGACUCGUCUACCGCCGCGCGAGGCGUUCCAUAGUUCGCAGACCGGUGACGCGAUAUCCGAGAGCGAUUACACGCACGCGAUAAGAAUCUGGGAGCGGUUUCGCGUCGAGAUUCUGGGCGACUAUAGCGAUUUGUAUUUAAAAACCGACGUUCUUCUAUUGGCCGAUGUCUUCAAAAAUUUUCGCGACGCGUGUAUGUGGAGUUACGGUUUAGAUCCCGUGCGCUAUUACACGUUACCCGGAUACACGUGGGACUCUAUGUUGAAGCAUACGGGUGUUCGAUUCGAGUUGUUAACCGACAUCGAUAUGGUGAUGUUCGUGGAAUGCGGAAUACGCGGCGGGCUAAGUCAAUGUUUCAAUAGAUACGCGCGCGCUAAUAAUAAGUACGCGCAGUCGCACGAUCCAUCGGAACCGUCUUAUCUUAUGUAUUCCAAUAUAAAUAAUAAUUAG